GCGGGAUAUAGUGGAUGGAUGACUGGAGUUUCCCUUGCGGUCUAAAGAUUAAUGGAAGGGGUCUGUUGAUCUGAAGAAUCGACUUCAGAUGGUCGGUCCCCGGAAACCAAUGCACUUGGCGGCUGGUUUUCAAGCGAACCGAUAUAUAUUACUUUGAAGAACCGACAGAGAAGAAAGGCUGUUACUUGGACACAGAUUUUGGUUUUCACGUCUCAGUUGACAAGGCCUGCCUUCAAAGAGAUAGCACCUGGUUAGCUCAAGCCAAAAAUCGACUGCAAGGGACGCUGGAAGCUAAUGCUACCUUGCUAAUUGGAUAUACUGACAAAUCUUUUGAUGGUCUGUGGCUGAUCUGGAUUUGGAAUCAACCGAACCGUCUGUGGAAAUAAAGGAAAGACGAGUAACAACAGGAUUUCAUCGGUGCUUGCUUGCAAAUCCAAGAGCUAACGAUAGGAAGUCCUUAUCCGCUGGCUAUUUCUGCUAGCAAUUAUCCUAGCCUCGGUCUGCCAUACUGUCAGUGCUAGCUGCAGACUUGGAUACGCCGACUUGGCUGGAGUUUUCCGAAACUCACAAACUGUAAAGUAUCGCACUUAUUUACGUUUCUUUUCCCAUUAUGAUAGCUGUUAGCUAGUUAGCAGCUUUAUUGAGUUUUACUGCUGCGUUGGCGCUGUAGCAUCACACAACGACUUGCAAAGAAAAACUCAUUCCGAGCCGAGGGACUCCACCAUCAUCCUGCCAUCAUGGGCAACACGCCCACCGCAAAGAAGGGCAAUGAGAUGGAAAGUGUGAAGGAAUUUCUUGCCAAAGCCAAAGAAGAUUUCCUGAAGAAAUGGGAGAAUCCAGCACAGCAAACUGCAGCCUUGGACCAUUUUGAGCGUCAGAAGACCUUAGGAACUGGUUCCUUUGGCAGAGUGAUGUUGGUUAAACACAAAGAUUCAGGCCAGCAUUUUGCCAUGAAAAUACUUGACAAACAGAAGGUAGUGAAGCUGAAGCAGAUAGAACACACACUGAACGAGAAACGUAUCCUGCAAGCCGUCAGCUUUCCCUUCCUGGUGCGACUGGAGCACUCUUUUAAGGAUAACAGUAAUCUGUAUAUGGUGAUGGAGUAUGUGCCUGGUGGGGAAAUGUUCUCACACUUAAGGAGGAUUGGUAGAUUCAGUGAACCACACGCCCGCUUCUACGCAGCCCAGAUUGUACUGACCUUUGAAUACCUUCAUUCUCUGGAUCUCAUCUACCGAGACCUAAAGCCCGAGAACCUGCUCAUUGACCAGCAGGGCUACAUACAGGCAAGGAUUUUCGACUCCUUUUCAUUAUUAGUAAAAAUUUCUGUCCAGCUGCCCUCUUGCCGAAUGUGGUCAGAGCUGUUUACACUGUCCAAUCUUCAGGUAACAGAUUUUGGAUUUGCGAAAAGGGUGAAAGGCCGGACCUGGACGCUUUGCGGGACUCCCGAGUACCUCGCACCGGAGAUCAUCCUCAGUAAAGGUUACAAUAAAGCCGUGGACUGGUGGGCUCUCGGCGUGCUGAUAUACGAGAUGGCUGCUGGUUAUCCUCCCUUCUUUGCAGACCAGCCCAUUCAGAUUUAUGAAAAGAUUGUAUCGGGGAAGGUUCGCUUCCCGUCCCACUUCAGCUCGGACCUGAAGGAUCUUCUGAGAAAUUUGCUGCAGGUGGACUUGACCAAGCGCUUCGGCAACCUCAGGAACGGAGUCAACGAUAUCAAGGGUCACAAGUGGUUUGCCACCACUGAUUGGAUUGCCAUCUACCAGAGGAAGGUUGAAGCUCCCUUUAUUCCUAAGUGCAAAGGCCCCGGUGACACGAGCAACUUUGAUGACUACGAGGAAGAGGAAAUCAGAGUCUCCUUCACAGAGAAGUGUCCAAAGGAGUUUGCAGAGUUCUAGAUCCGUACCCCGAGUUGAGGAGAGAAAGAGAGAGACAGAGAUUUAGAAAGGUAAAGGGGAUCUGAGUACAGGGGGCACUAGGGUGGACUGGUAACUUUCUUAUUUGUGAUGAGGAAAACAAUGUAAAAUCCCCCCAGAUGGAAAGGUAGGCAGAGUGAAGCAAGAUCUACAGAACCAGCAGUGUUGCCUUUUCUGAUUGUUUCUCAACUGUUACUUGUUGGGUUUGUUUUGUUUCUUUUUUUUUUAAUCCCUCUUGUGUUUAUGGCAGGGACUCGACAAGAACAAGCAUAGGUUGCAGCUUUUCAGCUAGAAUCUUAUCUUUCUGAUGGCAAAAUGAAACAUUUUCAGUUCCUGAAUUGAUUUUUUUUUCUUUCCUGUGAAGGUACUGAAUCCAUUAGCUAUUUUUUUUUUUUUUUUUUUUAAUGGGUCCUCUCGAAAAGCUUCUCUAAUGAUUGCGGAGUGAUUGUUGUAUCCUGUUGGAUCUCUCUCCAUCUCUCCAUCAUGAAUCUGUCCAAGCAAUACCAAGUCCAACAGAUGUGCCUAUCAUAACGCCAACUGGUUGGAAAACUGUCUGACGCGUUGGGGCAGAGUUUCGGCGCCGCCGGCCCCUGCGGCCAUCUGGUUGCAAGCUCGAAAACUUCCUGCACCUGCCUUUUGUCUGCUCGAUGUGGCAUGAUUAAUUGGGUAGAUGACGCACUCGGCCGCUUGUGUUCGCAGCGGCGGUGACCUCUUUGAUCAGAGAAAUCAGAAAAUUAUUGAUCGCCGUAAACUUCCUCUAGGUCUCACUCCUUUUUGGGGAGGGGGGGCUGUGAGAAGUAACGCUGGGAUCUGCAUUUGAAGUCUGUCUUUCUCUUAGCUAAAUUUAUUAGAGCAUUUUUAAACAAAAAAAAAUCCUAUUGGUGAUAAUUUGUCCUUUUUAUGUCAAUCUCUGUGCUUGUGUGUUAUUUAGUGCUUAAGGGUGGGUUAAUAAGCUGUGGUUGAGCAGCUGAUAACAUUGCAGUCACACUCCUGACUAAUGUUUAUUUAAUUCAUAGUACAUUUUAUACGUGUGUGUACAUACAUACAUACAUACUCUCACACACACAUAAAUAUAUAUAUAAAUAUAUAUAUAUAUGUGUGUGUGUAGGUGUGUGUGUAUAUGAGAUAGAGAAAUAUCCAUCUUUUUGACAUUGUCUCACAGCUGUGAAACUGAAUUAAGAUUUAAUAAAUAAAUAUAUAAACUCUGCCAAACUUGCAGGCUCAGAACGCUGCAGUCGUCUCUAUGUAAUCAUGAUGGAGGUGGAUUUUAAAAGGCAGAACCGUAGCAAAAUGUUUCAACAACAUGUGCAUGUUAUUUUUGUACAAACUCCCUUUUUUUUUUGAGAAAGAGGGGCAGAGCGCCGGGCUUUAUCUGAGCCGAGGUCCCCGAGGCCGUGGACGUGACGGCGCGCGGACUCUCGGUGCAGAAGGGGGCGCCUAGCCGUGGUUGAACUUGAUCUCCUCACCCGGACGGUCUCACCCCCUCCCCCUCCCCCCCCAUGUGUGCUCUUGUGUCCCUCCCAUGUAACGCCGUCAUAUGGAUUUGCAGUGCAGGUAAAACUCACGGGGUGGGGCUUUUGGGAUGGGAGUGUUUCUUUUCCCCAUUUCCAGCUUUCUCCGCAACAAAAUGAAACUAAGGAAGCUCUUCUGAAGCUGUCUGUCCCCCCUUUUUUGCCAAGUUUCUUUCUGUGGAUGCAAGACAAUCGCAGACCAAAUCUUACUGCUGGUUUGUUGAGUGAACGUGUCGUUUUGGUUUGAAGGAUAUAAGCUGUCAUCCACCCACCCUCCAUCGGCCCUAGGUGCUAGACUUUGCCCAUCUCACUUAAAAGCUUCUGUGAAUUGUUUGAUGUGCAUCAAUCUAUUUGUCAGUCUUGUAACAUGACAUUUUCAGAAUGUUUUUGACUAAACAAUUUCAGUAGGCUUGAAUAAUUCUUUUGGCAGUGUCUUAAUGUAAGUGAGAUCAAACACAGGAUACUUUUUGAAUGUUUGAAAUGCAGAUGUUUCAAUGCUGUUUAGAAACAGGAUGUGUAUUUUUUAUAAUACAUGUUUCUUUUGUGAGCUGUUUUUUUUGUUUUGUUUUGUUUUGUUUCCUUGCAUGUGAUGAAGCAGGCCAAUGGUGAGAUUUUCUCCAGACCUGAGACACGUUAAGAAGUCAUUGUUUCUGUUGCUAGCGGUCUCAUUGCUGUUCCGCCAUCUGAUGGAUCACCGAGCAUCUUUUCUGAUAAUAAUGAAGCACAUGCCACACCUUUUCAAAUCUCCUAUUUAAAUCCAUUUGUGCUAUUUCUAAAACCUUUUGAAUAGAUUAUUUUGGAGAGAGCACAUAUAAUAUAUUUUCCUUUUUGUCCUGAAAAUGACAGAACGAGGGCAGAGGGCAUCUCCACUUUAGAUGCUAUAACCAUGACACUGUUCUUUGUUUUCUUUUUGUUUUCUUCUCCGUCUCAAACAAGACCUUUGUUGGACAUCUAAUUCUCAUCUGUCAGCUGGACAGAACCACUAUCAACUGCUCUGUGCUACAUUAAUUUUGUUUCCGGUUUGCCUUCUAUUUUCAUCAGGUUUCCACUCACUUUAUUCAAACAUUAACACUUUCUACAUCUUGAGAUGUUUUUCGUUCAUAUUUUCUAAUUGUAUUUUCAAAAAAAAAAGAGAAAAAAAGAGCAAAAACAGAACAUUAAUCUUUUUUUCCUCAUGACCUGGGUACAGUGCUUGUGUAGUCUAUUGUACCUUUUGGGAAACAAUACUGUAUAUCCUUGCCUUUGACAGUCUUAACUAUCUUACCCUCUGGAGAACUUGACAGAUACCCUUAGAACACAAUGAGUAUGUUAAAAAAAAUAUAAACAAAGUAAUAUUUUGCAAAAUGUAUCAUUCCAAUAAAGUUUUACUUGUUAAGACUAAUAUGUCUGGGUUAUAUUUGAUUUUUCAUCAAAAGUUUGAGCAUGUUCUGG